AACCACAGAUAAGGAGGACUAACUACAUGUCGCAAAAUGGAUGUCUCUCACCAACCACAUCCAGGACGUGCACCAUGGCCAUUCAGACAUCUUCCCCAACUGUUUGCACAGAAGACUCAAAGAUGGAGAACGCAAGAAAAUGGCUGCAAUCUGGUACAGAGGCAUGUGUUAAGGUGUGUGCCAUUAUUGAGAAGACAAGCCUGGUCAAGGAUAUUCGCAAGAUGUCAUGCUCUCAGCAGACCUCAUCUCUGGAGUCCUUCCAUAGUCUGAUCAAUCAGUUUGCGCCGAAGAUGAAGGCAUUUUCACAUGCAGGUAUUGUCAGCAGGCUUCACCUCGCAGCGCUUCACUACAAUGAGAACAGCGACAGACAGCAGGCGACAACAUAAGAAGGGGUCAAGCGUUAUCGCCUCAGCAAGCCAAAGUACAAAAAGGGGGAAGCAACAGUAAAGCCGAUC